AUGCUUCUCUUAGAUUACCAGAACGUUUUAAUUGAGUCUCUCCUGACGGAGCGCUUCUCAGGAGCAUCCCCGGUCUCCAUUGACCAGGUGGUUUCCGACUUUGAUGGAGUGACGUUCCACCUUUCCACCCCCGAAUCGAAGACCAAAAUCCUCAUCUCGAUCAACGUGAAAUGCUUCAAGGAACUGGUGCAGUACGGAGCCCAGGAGGUGUUGGAGCGAGAGUACGGUCCCUAUAUCGUGUCCCCCGAGCCGGGCUAUGAUUUCUCGGUUCAGAUCGACUUGGAGAACCUUCCCGCCGAGGAGGAAGCCCGGAAUGACCUGAUUAUGAAGCUUGCCCUCCUUAAGCGCAAUGCGAUGGCCGCCCCAUUCGAGAGGGCAUUCGACGAAUUCAACAAGCUCGCCGAGGAGGCUUCUCAAUAUACAUCAGAGUCCGCGCCUCAGGGUGUCAAGGAGGGCGGUGAAGUGAUGGCGAUCCACUACCGCGAGGAGGAGGCUAUCUACAUCAAGGCCAACUGGGAUCGAGUCACCGUCAUCUUCAGCACCGUGUUCCGGGAGGAGACUGACCGCAUCUUCGGCAAGGUGUUCUUGCAGGAAUUCGUCGACGCCCGCCGUCGUGUGUUGACACUACAGAACGCCCCCCAGGUUCUUUUCCGUAACGACCCUCCCCUUGAAUUGGCCGGGGUGCCUGGUCUCAGCCCCAAAGAAGGCGAGGUCAGCUACGUUACAUUUGUCCUGUUCCCUCGUCACUUGACUGCCCAGCGUCGCUACGAGAACAUUUCCCACAUCCAGACCUUCCGUGACUACUUCCACUACCACAUUAAAGCCUCAAAGGCCUACAUUCACACACGAAUGAGAAAGAGGACAGCAGACUUCCUUCAAGUCCUCAACCGAGCCCGACCUGAGAAUGAGGAGCGUGAGCGCAAGACUGCCAGUGGUCGGACGUUCCGUGUGCAGGGUUGA